GUAUACUGAAAUGUUGCCGAAGAAUCGAUCAUUUUAACUUUGGACAAUAUUUAAACAAACAUAUCGUAUCUGAAAGUAGUGAUCGAUGUUUGAAGUGCAAUAAAGCUGCCACUUAUAUCAUGGAUAUUGUUAAUAAUUACUUGCGGUGCACGAAAAAAAAGGAUUUUUUGCAAGUUUUUUAACUAGAUAAAAUAAAUUGAAACUUGGAAAAAAAUGGGAAAAUUAAACCAAAAGAUGUUACAUAAAGCCAACGAGAAUUUUGAAUUAGAAAUGAUAUAAAAAGUAACCGGGAUAACUUUUACGGACAAUAUAUCCAAUAAGUGAAGGAUAACAUUUUCACGAGCCCACAUGCCGGAAGUUGUGAUGACUCAUGUCGAAUCUACCGUCACGUGCUCGGCGGAUGUAACCAAUCACAUUAAAGCAUUAGCCGAAUGUAUGGACAGUGCCGAAUUGAUGCCAGACGGGUUUAGUGAUAGUGAUGAAAGUUUUGAAAACGAGGACCCGUCUUACCAACCUAUUUCCAAGAGAACGCAAGAAGUUAUUGAGACAGAAAAACGUUUGUUACACACAUUGGGAUUAAAGAAUGAAUUGUUUGAACGCCGUGUUCCUUUAAAAGUUUACAAAAAUAAGAAAACAGAAGAAAAACAUGACAAACAUUUGCAUGUUCGUCCGAAAUCCACUGGUACCACACAUAGUAAGGCGGAGACUCAAAACAAUGAUGAAAAUAUAAGGCAUAGUUUAACUCAUCAUGACAAUACACACAAGCAGAACAAGGCUCAUACUGGUUCCACGCAUCAUCAUCAUAAUCAUAAUCAAGGCAAGUCGCAUCACGUGACAUCACAUGAUCACAAAGAAGUACAUUCUCAUUCUAUUUCCCGCCAAAAUUCUCAGGAAAAGCACCGUAGCAGUCAUCAUAGUCAUCAUCACAAUCAUCAUCAUCGUCAUCAUCCACAUAACCAUCACCAUGAUGGAAAGGGACAUCACGUAAAACAUGUGCAUGGCAAAAUACAACUUGAACAUGAAAAUCAUGAGAUAUCUGAUUAUUUUGACAGUGAAUCUCCUCCAUUUAACGAAAGUUUCUUUGAAAUCAUUUCACCUGGACAGUCGCAGGAGCUUUUGCACGUGGCACUUAUGUCUCCUCCACCACCGGAAGAGAUACCAGAAUUUCCCAGAUGCACCAGUUCCUACUCUUCCAGACCAGUCUCACUUAAAUUUCUUCUUGCCGGGGAGACUGUGUUAUGUAGUUUUGAUGAAAAUAAAAAGAACGAAGCAAAAGAAACACUUUUAUCUGAUCCUAUCAAAGACUCGCAACCUGUAUGCCUGUGUUCAAUAUACCAGUCGUGCGAUACGAGUUUUAUGGGCUGGGAGGCACCACAGAAAGGAAAUAGGGGGAAAAUGUUUCGUCGCAAAAAAUACGUCAAGCCAGGGUCUUCAGAGGUAGCUUUCAAUAGACUAACAAAUACCAUGGGCAAAGACCCGGUGAUAUUUCAACACUACAAAGACAAUUCAAAGUACAUAGAACGGUAUCGGUUUUACCACACGGUUGGGAACGUCGGGCGGCCUUUAUCCUAUACAAAGUACGCGGAAAAGGGAGUAGACACGGACCCAUAUUACAGCAAACUGAAGUCAAAUCUUUCAAGUGCCAUAAACGGUCCAUUCUACGGACUGGCCUCACAGCUUCUGGAGGACAAAAAUGGUUCAGCUUCUAGCAGAGGUAGCCACCACGACCGGCCUCGUUCGGAUGAUGACAGUAUUGAAGACAGUAGCUGUGACGCUAGACCGUACUCAAUGCGUGACCGAGGCAAGGCUUUAAACCUCGCACCUGUCCGGGAGUGUACGGUGCCUAAUCUAAGAGCUACAGAUAAAAUUGACAUUAUGCAAUUAAAUAAAUAUCUGAAUCUGUCAACGCCACCAGUUCCAAACAAUUGUAUACAGUUCAAUCUAGAUGAUGUGAAGACUAAAGUGUAUAACAGCGCCAAUGAAAACAACAUGUUUCCGGCGUCGAAUUCGCGUAAAGCUGGGAGAACGUUGAGGUUAGGCAGUGCUGAAUUCGUCAAACCAGGUAUGCCCGACUCCAUUUUAAAAUGGAAUGCUGAAAAACGUGGAUUACAUAGGUCGUCUUUAAACGCAACUAGCUCCGUGCCUGGUAAUCUAAUUGUAGGUAGCACAGUGACGUCACCGGUGCCUCCGAAUACGGCACGCGCUAAAAGUGGCGGCAGAAGUUCCCCGUAUGUACAAUUUCAGAGAGAACAUUUAAAAAGCCCUUCCACACCGCCGCAGCAAAUAUCAGGACAAAAGUUAAAAGCGUGUGAACGUGUAACGGAACUCACUGGUAAAGAAAGCAAAGACCGAGGUAAAUUUAUUUACACGCAUGCAGCGACAAACUCCGAGAGGCCGUCACAACCUGUAAGAACUGCCACUGCAGUGGACUUCCGGGAAGCGUAUGUACCACGUGUAAGAUCUCGUGCAAUAACGCUAGAUGUCAACCAUCUCGGGAUAAGAGGACAACCAUUCAAACAAAGAGAACAAAUUGUGCUGUAUAAAAACAGACGGGCUCAAGUUGCAAAGUCUUAA